AUGAUACCUUUUUCUCUUCGUCUUUUCGGGAUUUUAAGCCUGUUAUUCUCCGUUCACGCUGUUGAUCUCACUGGCCGUGUACAAUGGAAUGACGUGUGCCCAGGUCUACUUGAGCUAGGACCGUCGAAAGUAGUACUCGAUAAUGGACGACGGAGCGGAGGUGUGGUUCGGGAUGGUUCUUUCACGAUACAUGAUGUCCCGACUGGAACCUAUAUUCUCUCCGUAUUAACGCAUGAUUUUGUCUUUGACCAGCUGCGAAUAGAUGUCCUUCAGGAUGCCACUGUAGAGGCACGACCGUAUCCCCCUGGGACGUCAUUAAACCCGCCUGUUCCAAACCGCCUGUCGUAUCCGUUGACUCUUACUCCACGAACGAAGCACAAGUAUUUUGUGCCGCCCGAUUCAUUCAACAUGCUUGGCAUGCUCAAGAGUCCUAUGGUAUUGAUGAUGGUCUUUACCGGCGUGAUGGUAUUGGCUAUGCCUUACCUUAUGAAAAACAUGGACCCUGAAUCAUUGGAAGACUUCAAGGAGCAGCAGGCCAAAAUGGCCAAGAUGCAAAGUGCCAUGACGAAUGGCGACUUCAAAUCCGGCUUCUCCGCGUUGUUGUCUGCGGGUGAUGAAGCACCGAAGGAGACCCAGCCAUCUUCCACUCCAACUGGUUCAUCCAAGGGUUCGCAAGGCAGUAAAGCCCGCGGAAAGAAACGGAGAUAG